AUGGCACGCAACAAAUGUCAAAAUACUCUACGUCUCUUCCUUAAACUCUUCCUCUUUGUGGGCAUUAUCCAGGAGAAUUUAGGUGGACCCAUGACCACCGCUUCCACAAGCACAACGCUGCCCAGCUUUGAGGUGGAAUUAUCUUCACCGGUGCCAUUUACAACACGCAAACCCGAGAUCUCAAUUCAGGCAACUGAAAACAAAAAUGGAGCUUCGACUCCAAAUACUUCCAAUAAUGUGAUGACUGUGACCAGUACCCCUCAGCCGCCAGUAAAUGAUGCAAAGGAUUUGAAUAAGGAUGAUGAUGACACUGAUGAUGAUGAUUCGUUGAAUGCGAAUUAUGAUAAUGGUGAUUAUAUUGAGACUGAUUUAAAACCGGAACGCACAACUCCCACUUCCAUGGAACAGCAGGAUGGUCCGGCCAUACCACCGACCACUAUAACAUUUAGUAAUGUCGCUGCAGCUGGUAUUUUGGGUGAUUCCAGUUCGGAUGGUGGUGGAUCGUCGAUUUCAAUUAAUGAUGCCACACCACCAUAUGCUGCUGUCGAUGAUAAAUAUGUGCCAAGUAAACCACAAAAUCUCACCGUCCUCGAUGUAACGGCGACCAGCAUAACCAUGUCUUGGCAUCCGCCUAAAAAUCAAAAUGGCGCAAUUGCCGGCUAUCAUGUCUAUCACAUACACGAAAAUCAAACGGGUGUGGAAAUUGUUAAGCGCAGUGCUGCCGAUUCGGCUAUACGUUUUGAAUUGCCAAAGCUAAAACCCUUCACCGAAUAUCGCAUUAAGGUAAAUGCUUUCACUACCAAAAAUGAAGGCGAAUCCUCCGAUAUUAUUGUGCAACGCACCGACGUUGGAGUGCCAAGUGCUCCAAUUAUUGUCAAUUUGACAUGUCACACACAGAACUCAUUAACCAUACGCUGGAAGCGGCCCUUGGAAUUUUACAACAACAUUGAUUUUUAUAUAAUUAAAACGAAAAUUAUGGGGCAGGAUACACAUCGAGAUAUCAGGAUAAAUGCCUCGGCCAAGGAAUUGGAAACAGCUAUGAUUAUCGAAAAUCUUACCAUGUACCAGCUGUAUGAGGUGAAGGUUGCUGCUGCCACCUACAGUGUCAUUAUUCCCAAGAAAAUAAUUUUGGGUAAAUUUUCCGAAGGACGUAAGAUUGGCCUACAGCCCAACUGUGAAAAGAUACAGCCUUUGUUGCGUCAAUCGCACAACGAUUACAAUUUAGCCGUUUUGGUUGGCAUCAUAUUCAGCUGUUUUGGUAUUGUGCUGAUUGUAAUGGCGUUCUUCCUAUGGAGCAGGAAGUGCUUUCAUGCUGCCUAUUAUUAUUUGGAUGAUCCACCACAUCAUCCAAAUGUACCACAAGUCGACUGGGAAGUACCAGUUGAGAUUGGUGGAGAAAUCCGGGCUGCCGUACCCGUCAAUGAGUUUGCCAAACAUGUGGCCUCGCUGCAUGCCGAUGGUGAUAUCGGUUUCAGUCGUGAAUAUGAAGCCAUACAAAACGAAUGCAUUUCCGAUGAUUUACCCUGUGAACAUUCGCAACAUCCCGAGAAUAAGAAGAAAAACCGUUAUUUAAAUAUUACAGCCUAUGAUCACAGUCGAGUUCAUUUACAUCCCAUUCCUGGUCAGAAAAAGAAUUUAGACUACAUAAAUGCCAACUACAUUGAUGGCUAUCAAAAGGCUAGGGCCUUUAUUGGUACGCAAGGUCCAUUGCCCGAUACCUUUGAUUGCUUUUGGCGCAUGAUUUGGGAACAGCGUGUUGCCAUUAUUGUAAUGAUUACGAAUUUAGUGGAACGUGGCCGGCGUAAAUGUGAUAUGUAUUGGCCCAAGGAGGGUGUGGAAACCUAUGGUGUCAUACAAGUGAAGCUAGUCGAUGAGGAAGUAAUGGCCAUGUAUACCGUAAGAACUUUCCAAAUUAAACAUUUAAAGCUCAAGAAAAAGAAACAGUGCAAUACCGAAAAAAUUGUCUAUCAAUACCACUAUACCAAUUGGCCCGAUCACGGGACACCCGAUCAUCCCUUGCCAGUUUUGAAUUUCGUCAAGAAAUCAUCUGCCGCAAAUCCACCCGAUGCUGGUCCCAUUGUUGUUCACUGUAGUGCUGGUGUGGGUCGUACCGGUACAUAUAUUGUACUCGAUGCCAUGCUUAAACAAAUCGCACACAAAGGUGUGGUCAAUAGCUUCGGUUUCCUGCGUCACAUUCGUAUACAGAGAAAUUUCCUGGUACAAACCGAGGAACAAUAUAUUUUUAUACACGACGCCUUGGUUGAGGCCAUUGCAUCGGGCGAAACAAAUCUGACGGCCCAACAAAUCGAGGAACUUAAGAAUUGUACACCAUAUUUGGAGCAACAGUAUCGCAACAUUAUCCAAUUCCAGACCAAAGAUGUACACAUUGCAUCGGCAAUGAAACAAGUUAAUUCGAUAAAGAAUCGUGGUGCUAUAUUCCCCAUCGAGGGCAGUAGGGUACAUCUGACACCCAAGCCGGGUGAGGAGGGCAGUGAUUAUAUAAAUGCCUCAUGGCUGCAUGGGUUCAGAAGACUGCGUGACUUUAUUGUCACUCAACAUCCCAUGGCGCAUACGGUCAAAGAUUUUUGGCAAAUGGUGUGGGAUCACAAUGCCCAGACAAUUGUUUUACUCUCGUCGUUGGAUGAAAUUAACUUUGCCCAAUUUUGGCCAGAUGACACAUCGCCCAUCGAAAGUGAUUAUUAUCGUGUCAAGUUUUUGAGUAAAACAAACAAAUCCGAUUAUGUUAGUCGUGAUUUUGUUAUACAAUCAAUACAGGAUGACUAUGAACUAAGUGUGAAGAUGUUACACUGCCCCAGCUGGCCGGAAAUGUCGAAUCCCAGCAGCAUUUAUGAUUUCAUUGUCGAUGUUCAUGAUCGGGGCAAUGAUUAUCGUAAUGGACCAAUUGUUGUUGUGGAUAGAUAUGGCGGAGCUCAAGCCUGUACAUUUUGUGCCAUUUCUUCGCUGGCGAUUGAGAUGGAAUACUGUCAAAUGGCUAACAUCUAUCAAUAUGCCAAAUUGUAUCACAACAAACGUCCCGGUGUUUGGACAUCUAGUGAAGAUAUACGCUUAAUAUAUAAUAUACUCGCUUUGCUGCCACGUAAUUUGCAGUUGCUGAAACGAACUGCCAUUAAAAUUGAAAUCGAGGAUGUGACAACAGCAACGCCGGAUCUAUAUAGUAAAAUUUGCAGUAAUGGUAAUAAUGAUUUACAACAAAAACACAAUAGUGAAACAAAACGUAAUAGCAGUUCUCAAUCAAAUCAAAAAUCAAUUAUUCUAAAUCAAAACAAUUCCACAAAUCCACAAAAUCCGAAUCCUACAACCACAACGACGAAUUCAUGUCAAAAUUACAACAAUCAUUGUAACACAUCAACAGCAACUACAACAACAAAUAUAACAACAAAUGCACUAGCAAACACAGCCACAUCACCCGUUGUUGGUGGUGGUGUUGGCGGUUGCAAUUCUACUGCUACUGCUGCUGCAUUACAUAUUCCAAAUCAAUUAUCAUCAACUUCUCUAUCAUCUCCCACACAAAAUUCUGUAUCCCAAAACAAUCAUAACUUAUCUGAUACAACAACUACAACAAAUCCAAAUUCAAAUCUAUCAAGAUCAUCAUCAUUAUUGGAAAAUGCCCACAAUCACCACCACCAUCACAAUCACCAAAAUCAUAGCCAUAACAAUUAUAACAACCAUCAUCAUCAUAACAAUCCUUCAAUACCACCUCCCCAUAAUAAUAGUAAUUUAUGUAUGAAUAUAACCUCUAAUAGUGAAACUAAUUCUAAUUUUAAUAAUUCUUCUAAUACUAUAACUACUACCAAUACCACCGAUUCUACUACUACUCCCACUACUACUACUUCAUCAUUGUUGUCUACUACUAACCAUGGUGAUGGGGAUGAUCCAACCAUCUCUUCUGCCACUGUUAACAAUUUAUCUGCUACAACAACAACACCACCACCUCCACCCCAAUUCGCCGGUAAUGCUCCGGUUGUUGGCGAAAAUUCAACAACGCCUGCGGCCCUUCAACAACAACAACAAAUGCUGGCCCUACUAAAUCAACAACAAUAUAUUCAACACUACGCCAAUCAAAAUGACAUCACGGAUGUCGAUUGUGAUAAUAUAACCUCAUACACCCCACCACCACCACCGGCGGCAUUCAAUACCGGCUUUUCAUCAUCGUCAACGAACAAAAAUGGAAUGGGUUCACCGCCGCCACACCACCACGCUGCAAUACACAUUGUUGAUCAUCAUCCAAUUGAUGCAAUUGUUGAUUAUCCCAUGGGUUAUAAUCCGCCAACAAUUGAUGCCGAUUACCCCGCCUCCCUGGGUGUAACACCAUCGACAUCUUCAUCGACUGUCAUCAAUGCCAAUGAAAUUACUACACCAUUACUAAAUCCCACAACCAACAAUUCAUCCAUAAAUACAUCCACGAAUCCCUCGCCAAUACCACCAACUCCCACAACAUCAUCUGCUCCAACAACUCCCUCACCGGCGACGGCAAUGCCAACGGCAUUCUAUAAUAAUCCCACAACUAAUAAUGGUGCUUGUCUAAAUAAUCUCCUCACCUCCACAUCCACAGUUACUGAUGCUCAAAGCUUAGAUAUCGUAGGUUAA